AUGGCCAAGAGUACGACCAUUUUGUUCCAGUGUUGUCUGGUGUUGCUGCUACCAUCUUAUUACAGUGUGUUUGCCAAAAAGGAGGACAACAAGCCCGAAGAAAGCCUUUUCGAGCAGGAUUUGGGUGAUCAGUUCAAGAUAGACGCCUCCACGCAAGGUCUGCAAAAGGUGAACCUACGGUGCGGUGCCGACUCGAUGCGCAUCGAGCUAAAAACGGAAGAGGACUUCCAGGGCGUAAUGUACACACGGGGCAGCUACUACAAGCAAACGAAACCAUGCUUCGUCAAACCGGAACGUGCCGGCCGUACGCUGGAGAUGAAGUUCGAUCUCGACCAGUGCCAGACGGUGAACAAUGGUGAGGUUUACUCGAACAUUGUCGUCGUGCAGCACGAUCCGGACAUCGUAACGCCCGGUGAUGCCGCGUUCGCGGUCGAGUGUGACUUCCGGAAGCCGCGUGGUGUAACGGUUAGCUCGGAGAUUCAGGCCCGGGAUAGUGAGGGGGACGCAACACCGACACCAUCGUCACGCAUUACACUCACCAGUCCGGAUCCGUCGGCAAACACACAAACACCGAACGAACACAACUCGGUCCACAGUGCGUCCGGUUCGGUAACGUUUGUGCCGAGUCGUUUCCGCAAUGGGUCCCAGAUACCGGAACAGCGAGUCCGUGGGACGGUCGAAACGGUCGAAAUUCCACUACACACAACACAAGAAGAAAAACAAAAUCAAGAGGAAAAUCGCGAUGAGUUGUAA